UCGUUCAGUCGGAAUUGGCGGGUCGCUGUGCGGUUUCGUGUAGCCUAUCUUUUGUCUGACCCUCCAUAGAAACUCGGUACAAUAUUACAGAAAGCAGUAAAAUAUUAACAAAACGCGUCCUACGGUCGACGGUUAACGAAGAUCUAGCGCAACUGAACUGCUUACACUGCAGUUUUCUUCGUCUUAAUUUAUUAUUUCACAGCACUGUUGACGUUGACAAGGAACCGGAAGGUUCCGCAGAUCCUCCUCCUCGACGAGCAUGAGCCAACCUACAGACACAGCUAGUAGUGAUGCUCCCAGCGUCACCGAAGACGUCAAGCUGGCGGCCGCCGCAGGAAAGAAACAAAACAAGAAGAAGGAGGUUGUAGAGGAGGAAGAGGAGGAAUAUGUGGUGGAGAAGGUUCUGGAUAGAAGGGUUGUAAAGGGAAGAGUGGAGUUCCUGCUUAAAUGGAAAGGAUUCACACAUGAUGACAACACAUGGGAACCAGAGGACAACCUGGACUGUCCUGAUCUCAUCGCUGAAUACAUGCAGUCACAGAAAGCAGCAAGCGAUGAGAAGAAAGAUGGUAGCGGAAAAAGGAAAGGGGAAUCCGACACAGAUGCUGGAGAAGACAGUCGACCCAAGAAAAGGAAAGAUGAGCAAGAAAAGCCAAGGGGCUUUUCAAGGGGCUUAGAUCCUGAACGCAUCAUUGGUGCUACAGAUUCCAGCGGCGAGCUUAUGUUUCUAAUGAAGUGGAAGAACUCUGAUGAGGCCGACCUUGUUCCAGCUAAGGAAGCUAACGUUAAGUGCCCACAGGUAGUCAUCUCCUUUUAUGAGGAGCGACUGACAUGGCACUCCUACCCUUCUGAAGAAGAAGAGAAGAAGGACGAUAAGAACUAACGGUAUGAGAGAGGGGUGGAGAAGCUGCAGAGGGGGUUGUGACAUGGGCGAUGGUAAAGAUGCGUCAACAGAAGCCCGUCGGCUCUUUUUAACUAUCAUACGAUUAAACCACGACUCAUCAUGUUUGAUAUUUAGAUGUGCAGUCAACUUUAGGGGGCGAACGGAUUUUGACCAUUGUUACAAACAAAUGCUGUAUUUCUUUGGUUGUUGGAUUAUGGGAAAUGGAGUGUAUAGGCUGCAGUAGUUCUGUUGAUGUUUCUGUAAAUUAAGGUGGUGAAUGUCUAAUUAGGUAUAUGCUUAAUGCAACACCCUCAUACCUUCUGUGUAUUACUAACAAGGCCAUUCAAUUUUUUGGCCUUGUUUUCUUCACUUGUUUCUCUGUUUGUUUUCUUAAUGUACAUACUUUUGUCCUCAAAGUCCAGACUUGUUUUUGUCACCUUAUUAGCAAGCAAAUACCGUCUUACCGUUUAGCAGUAUUUCAGAAUUUAUAUAUGUAGUUUGUUUACAGUAUCAAGCUUCUAUUUAUUCAUUCACCACUUGUCUAUUCAACUUCAUUUCCCAUAAUCCCAUAUAAACUUGUAUUUUUACUUUUUGUCAUUGUUUUUUACCAGUUGCAAUACUGCGUAAAGAAACAAUGUGGUCUUUAUUAUCAAGCUUCACUGACUAAUCCUUUUAAGUUUUUAUAUGCUAAAUAAUGUCUGCUAGACCUUAUACCUAUAUGCUUAAAAUGAAAAUUUUCCCAGUAUACUGUUUUAGCUUUGUACUUUGGGACGAUCAAGUACAAACGCACAGAGUAGAAUGUACUACAUAACUUUUUUAAAAACUUGUAAAAUGUGUAUUUCAUAUAUCAAAAUUCAUAGUGGGAUGAACAAGGUAUACACUGUAAAAAGUUAAAGUUGGAACUUAACAAAUUAAAAAAUUUAAAUUGGCACCUACCUAAAAAAUAGAUUUUUUUUCUAACUUACCAAUUUAAGUAAUUUAAGUAGAUCCAAGUUUCACUUUUUCAUUGUACCCUACAAAUCACAUCUGCACCAGCGUAAAUAUAAAGAUACUGUAAAAUUUGUCAGGGUUAAUUAUUGUUUUGUUCACAUUUUCAAAAAAUUUGCAUUCUGCUGUGUACCAAAAGUACUUGUUAGUAUUGCUAAUCAGUAAUGUGACUGCAUUAUCAUUAAUCUCUGAUUGUCUGUCUUUUCUCUUUUUAAUGUGUAAUGUUUAAAGCAUGACGUUUCUUUUCACCUUUUGGGGAAAUGUUUAUUUCAUUCAAAAAAUAAAACUUUUUUUAUUA